AUGGAAUUUACGUCGAAGACCAGCGUUCCGGGGCCACUUCCAGACGAUGUGACGGUGCCCCAGUUCAUCUUGGACACCCACCACCUAUCCCGUCCCGAACGUCCUGCAGGCGUGCCAUGGCUUAUGGCCGACAAAUCUGGACGUACAUAUGAUCUAGAAGAGAUUCACAAGCGUACCAAUGGGCUAGCUGUCAGUCUCCGGGAUGAAUACCUCAUUGGUCAGAACGACGUUGAUUAUCCGAUAUGCGUCUGGGCUAUUCAUCGGCUGCUUGGGAUCGUAACGCCCUGUAACCCAUCGUAUACAAUUGCUGAGCUUGUUGAAGCUAUCAAACUUUCGAAAUCAACGCUGAUUAUCACUCAUUUCAAUAAUUUUGAAGUGGCAAGUGCUGCAGCACGGCAGACAGGCAUACCAGCACAACGUGUGCUGGUUUUAGAAGACCAAGAUAGCCCAUUGACGAAAAGUCGCCAAGGAAAUUUGCAGACUGUCGAGGCACUUAUUCACAGAGGUUCUCUGAGUGGGGAAAAAGUGACCGGAAGAAAGCUCGAGAAGGGGGAAUCUAAGAAGCUUGUCGCUUUCUAUAGUUCAUCAAGCGGUACUACAGGUGCACCCAAGAUGGUCAUGAAAUCACAUUAUGCAUUCGUCGCAAACAUCAUUAUCACCUCAGCUGCAAGCAUCAUAGGUCCAACAUCUCCAAGGUUUACACCCGGAGACCGUUGUCUCGCCGUACUUCCUUUUUAUCACAUUUAUGGGCUUUUUUGCGUUCUCCAUAUCAAUUUCUUCGCUGCAAUAACCGUUGUCGUGGUUCCGAAAUUCAGCUUCAGGGAGAUGCUUCAUAGCAUAGACCGACACAAGAUUACGACGCUUAUACUUGUGCCUCCACAAUUGUUACUUCUUGUCAAGGAGCCCAUCGUCAAGAACUAUGACUUAUCACAUAUAAAGGUCAUUCUAAGUGGGGCAGCGCCUUUACCAGCCGAGGUUUAUGACCAGCUCAUCAAGUUGGUUCCUCAUGCACACAUAUGCCAGGGAUAUGGUUCGACGGAGACCGCAGGCGGCGUAUCGAUGCCUCCCCUGUACCCGAAGCACUGCCGGCUCAAUACGAGCGGGGUCCUUGCGCCCGGCAUAAGCGCCCGCGUUGUCAAACCUGACGGCAGCCUAGCGGGGUACGACGAAGAAGGCGAAUUGCAGCUCAGAACACCUGCUGUCGCAAUGGGAUACCUCAACAACGAGGCGGCGACCCGAGAAACAUUCCUUGAAGACUCAUGGUUGCGAACAGGCGACCUGGUCAGAAUAGACAGGAAUGAAGAAAUUAUAGUGGUCGAUCGCAUCAAGGUCCGUGGGUUCCAAGUAGCACCUGCCGAGCUUGAAGGGUGCAUCCUAGACCAUCCCAUGGUCACAGAUGUCUGCGUCGUCGGCGUGCCUCAUCCAUACAGCGGCGAAGUUCCCCUCGCAUUCGUCGCCGUCUCUCCACAAGGCCGAAAGUUGCCAGAGACGGUGCUAAAAGCCUCCAUUCGCAAGGUGGCCCUUUUUUAUUUCCCUUUAAAGCCCUCGCUCAAUAUGACGGUCGUUUUGCAGCAUGUCGAGGAAAAUAAGGCGCCGUUCAAACAUUUGCACUAUGUUGAGAUUGUCGAUUCUAUUCCUAAGACACCGAGCGGAAAGUUGCUCAGGCGUGACCUGCGCGUGAAGGGAAGGAAUUUAGUAACUGAAUCUGCGAAACUAUAG